AUGUGUUCAGAGGAGAGAAAGUCACUCUCACAUGUGACAUACAGCAGACAAGAGACUGGGUGGUGUGUACAGCUGUUAUGGAUUUCUCAGUAUCCAUAUCACUCAGAGUCCAGUGAUGGAGUUAAACUGACAGUAUCAGAUAAACUGCAGCCGACUCUGACUGUAAAUCCUCAGAGUUCAGUGUUCACUGGAGACACAGUUACUCUGAGCUGUGAUGUGGGACAGUCAACUGGAUGGACAAUUCACUGGAGGAAAGACUCAAACCCUGAAUCCACUGAUGCAGCAACUAAAACAAUCAAGUCUGUGAGUGUCUCUGAUGGAGGAAGAUACUGGUGCAGAGCACAACGAGGAGAAUAUUACAGCGAGUUCAGUAAUACAGCUGAGAUAACAGUAAAAGAGAGACCCAAACCUGUAGUUCAUGUUCGUCCUGAUAGAAGUGUGUUCAGAGGAGAGACGGUCACUCUCACAUGUGACAUACAGCAGACAGGAGACUGGCAGUACAGCUGGAAUAAAGAAAAAAAUCAAGUUAGCAGCGCAAGAAAAGACCAGAACUAUAUCAUCUCAUCAGUGGAUUGGUCUCAUAGUGGUGUGUACAGCUGUGAAGGAACUCAGUCAAAAGCCCCAACAUACUCACAGAUGAGUGAUGGAGUUACACUGACAGUAUCUGUGCAUCUCACAGCUCCAACACAGACUGUCUCAAAGUCACAUGAGGGUUUCUACUACUGUAAAACAGAGAGAGGACAGUCACUCCACAGCUGGAUCUCAGUCAGAGCAGCUUCAUCAUCUCCUCUUCUGGUCACUGGUGUGGUUGUGUUAUUGAGUGUCUGCGUGUUGAUCUUCAUCUCACUGGUGCUGCUGUGGAGAUACAAGAAGAACAAAGAUCAGCAGCGUAACAUUAACCAGACAUCAGACCCAAAUCAAUCUGCAGAAUCUCAAAUAGAAAACUCUCCUCUACAGUCUGCCACUGGCAGACGUCACAUAUUCAGAGAUCACUGUUAUGAAAAAAAGGACAAAGACGAUACUACAACAGAGCCAAAUAGUGUGACAUACUCAGAAGUCAGAAGAAAAGAAAAAAAAUCCAAAAGCAAAAAUAUUGAUACUGCAGAAACCAGUCAUCUGGUUUAUGCACAGAUUGAUAUCAAGGACAAAAAGAAAACCAAUGGCAAAGGUGCUGGACUUCAUAAUUUUCUGAUGGAAAUGAAAUCUAAGGACAAACACAGAGGGAAAAGCAGUGAGUCUGGAGACACUUUCUACUCUGAACUGAAGCACAACACAGACAGAG